AGCAAAAUUGCACUUGCUCCUUAAAAUAUCCUCUGCAGUGAGCUAGCCUGUGCCAUAACAUUGUUGCUCUUCACCAACACCGCAAGACGUACGUCGUCACCAGAAGCUCUAUCCUUUCCUUAAUUCUAUCCCUCUCUGGACGUGGAGGGUAACGUCUCUGAAACUCCCCAGAUUUGAUCUUAAACAAAAAACGAGUUUCUACUAGACAACGACAAACAAUGGGAUUCAUACAGCCUCCUCAACGGUCUUUGAACCCAAAAUGGUCAAAAUUCAUCUCUGAAAGAGAAUUCGAUGACUACGGAGAUGCAAGUGUGGUUACUUGUAGUGAUCAAUGGCUGACAAACCAUCCAUCUGCGGUACACACUUUUGAACAAAUGAUGAGGAUAGCCGAGGGAAAACAAAUAGUUGUAUUUUUGGAUUAUGAUGGAACUCUCUCGUCAAUUGUCAAUGACCCUGACAAAGCUUUUAUGACUGACGAGAUGCGCUCAGCAGUAGAUGAAGUUGCUAAAUGUUUCCCUACCACAAUUGUGACUGGAAGGUCUAGAGAUAAGGCAGUUGAAUUUGUAAAACUAAAGGAUCUCUGCUAUGCUGGAAGUCAUGGGAUGCAUAUAUCAAUCCCAUCAGCAUUCUUAAAAAACGCAACAUCUGUGGAUCAAACUCAUAUUACUGAUGAACAGGGUUUUAUCAACUUCUACGCCGCAAAGAAAUUCUUAUAUAAGCUAAAGAAGAUAAAGAAGAAACUACAAGAAAAGACCAAAGGCAUAAGAGGUGCUAUAGUUGAGGACAAUAAGUUCUGCAUCUCUGUACACUUCCGAUGUGUAGAUGAGGAGAAUGUUGACAAUGUUAAGAAGAUAGUAGACUCUGUCAUCAAAUCUUAUCCGGACUUUCGCAAAGGAGAGGGUAAUAAGGUUAUGGAAGUACGCCCAAAUAUUGAGUGGAACAAAGGUCAUGCUUUGGGCUAUUUACUAAACACCCUUGGGUUUGAUGCCUACAAUGCUGAUGUCCUCCCAUUAUAUAUAGGAGAUGACUUGACGGAUGAGGACGCCUUUAAGUUUAUAAAGAACCUUGGAAGGGGCUUUCCCAUCGUCGUCUCGUCCAUGCCAAAAAGGACGGAUGCUUCAUUCUCCUUACGUGAUACAAUGGAGGUCAUGGAUUUCUUGACAAAGCUUACGGGGUGGAGAAGAAGCUCUUCUUCGGACUAAUCUAAUCCAAAUGCCCUUAUAUCUAACUCACACGAGUGAACAACUUUCACACCAAAUUACUUAUUUGGCAGAGAAAAAUCCUUUCCUUCUACACUAAAGAAAUUCAAGAAACCAAGUCAAAUUAUGAACUUGAGUCAGCUUCCAACACCUUCAAAUCUUCAAUAUGUGGAGAGAUGAUAAAUGUCAUUUGGUAUUGGUUGGGACAAUUUCGCUUUACAGCCUACUAGGUAAUCUAACCUAUUAAGUUGAUGUGGGAACUAAAGAGAUACUCUAAGCUUGAAGUUUGAUUUUAAGGAAAUUAAAGAGAUGGUCUUGAGUUUACA